AUGACCCCUCUUAUAGAGGCACUGAAAUCAGUGGGCGGUUGGCCUAUAAUGGGACAGUCGUGUGGCUAUAAUGACAGUGAAUUUGAUUGGAAGGACGCGUUUGUGAAACACGUUAUGACAUCUAAAUCGUCGCCUGUAUUCGUACUGUCAGUCUUAACAGACUCUAAAGAUAAUGUUGUCAAACGAAUACAUGUGGGUAUUGUAUACAGUAAUUUUUCAAAACCAACAUUAGGUUUGUCUCGUGAUUACCAUCUUAACCCCGAAGGUUAUGCGAGUAAGAUUAGGGGCUACAAGAAGUAUAUACUCCAAUCGGUGAACCUAUUGGCGGCUAAUAAUUACAAUUCUACACAAAUCAAUGAUGAUAUUGACAGUUUAUUGGAGUUUGAAACAAAAUUGGCUCAGUUUUCAGAUACUAGUAUAUAUUAUAAACCGAUUACAUUUGAAACAUUUAAUGAAUUGAUGAAUAAUUCUGUCGAUUGGCUGAACAUAACAAACACUGUAUACAAGGAAUUGAAUGAAACAAUUCGUAUGAAAAUCAAUGAUGUGGUGGUCGUUGAGGACAUUUAUUAUUAUAUAAAUGUUACACAACUGUUGACCACAACUCCCAAUAGAGUUAUUGCCAAUUAUUUUGGCUGGAAAUUAGUGAUGAAUUUGGGCUCACAUACCACUAAACAGUUCAGGGAUAUUAGAUUUAAAUUCAACCAAUUAUUUACUGGAGUGGAAAAGGAUGUCGAGUUGUGGAGGAGCUGUACGGCCAGCAUAUCGUCUCAAUUGCCAUAUGUUUUGAGUCGCCUAUACGUUGACAAACACUUCACACAAAGUGAUAGACAAGAGGCCUUAAAUUAUAUACGAGAUGUUAAGAAAGCUUAUUAUGAGUUGAUUGGAGGGAACGACUGGUUGGACACAAACACCCGCUAUAGAGCUCUAAAUAAACUGAAAAAUAUGAAGGAGUUUGUUGGAUAUCCCGAUUGGGUGCUCACUACUCAUAAAUUGGAUAACUAUUAUCAAUUAAAACAUCAGUUGGACAACUCGUGA